AGCAUGGCGUCCAUUGCCAUGACACCGGCUCCGGGACUCGCUUCGGCCCUCCUAUUGGUGAGGGUAUAGAAAGACUAAAUUCGGAUUGGCUGGUUCACCGCUGGGCUGUGACACGGAAGCGGAUUAGUGGGAGGAGGCUGUGCGGUUCUGGGGCACGUGUUUGGAUGAGGGAUGUUGUGUGUCAGGUGAGUGAGCAGGUCAGGAGUGGGGAUACACCUGAGGGACUGGGGCAGGGGGCAUGGAAUAACUAGGAGUACAGGGUUGGCAAGUUUUCACGGUUAUUCGCUAAACUCCAGGUUUUGUCUGGAUGCACACAAUCUAGUGAAAAUGAUUCUGAUGCAAUGGCAAUUCUCAUGUUUUCUAAAGUCAAAUUCGGUCGGGUUGUGUGAAUCUGUAUUUGUCGGGAUGCAUUUGGUGUCGAGAUUAACCCCUUAAGGACCAAACUUCUGGAAUGAAAGGGAAUCAUGACGUCUCACAUGGCAUGUGUCCUUAAGGGGUUAAAAGCACUGCUUUCAUAGACUAACCCUGUACAAAGUAUAGGAUUUGGAAGAUUCAGAAAACACAGAUAUUAACAGUACUUGGAACUGAAUGCAUCUGGCAGGAUAUACGUUGGCAAAUGAUGGUUCGCUUGCUUUUUUUGUGCCAGUGAAUUAAUAAUUUGAAGUACUAUUUGCCUGCUAGUAGUACUAGGAGCCAGCGGACAAAAAUAUAAAAAUUAUUGGCACUGCAAGGGUUAUGUGGUGGCUGGCCAGUGUUUGCUAGCCAGCUGCCACAUUAAAAAAGUAUAUAACCCUAGGGGUAUAAGUUAGACCUCCAUAUUAAUAAAGAGAAGGUUUUAAAUUUAAGGCCGCUAUUCUAACUAAUGGUGAUCUCAUGGGUAAAUCCAGUUCUUCAAAUAAACCAGUCUUCAACCACUGAUCCGUGGACUGGUGCUGGUCCGCAAUAGUUUAUUGCCGGUCCACAAAAGCUUUUACCCAACUAUAUCAGCGGGCAAAAGCUUUCGCAGACUGGCAAUAAUUGCCGCAAAAUAUUUCCCCGGUGCUAUGAUCGUAGCACCGGGAACCGUGCCUCCCUCUCCCCAGCCAGCUCUGCAGGACCGGAGGGGAUAUCAGAGAUCUGGCCCGCUCGCAGUGUAAUGCAGGAAGGGGAGGGAGGGAGAGAGAGGACCCAGGGGAGAUCUAACCUGCAGUUCUGCUGGGUUCUCCUCUCGCGAGCUCUGGGUGUUACCAUGGCAAUGCUCCGAAUCUCGUGAGAGUGAACUCUAGCAGCUUCUGAGGCUGCUAGAGUUCACUCUCACCACUGGGACCGCCAGGGCUUCCCCACUGGACCUCCAGGGAUUUCAGGAAAUGGGCCCCCCUCCUAGGCAAAGGUAAGCAGGGAGGGGGGAUAUCAAAAUGACUUUUUUUCUUUUUAAUGAAUAAAAAAAUUAUUUAUAUAUAAUCAAUCUACCUUCCAACUCCACAGACCCACAAUCAUUCUCCCCCAUACACACACACACUACCCGUCACACACACUGCAUCCCUCACACAUACCAUUGGUUUUUAUUGCUGGCUGACGCCGGUCCGCAUAAUAUUUCUCCUUUUUUCGCCGGCCUGCGGGUGCUAAAUGGUUGCAGAACCCUGCUUUAGACUCCUAGAUUGCGUGCACAGCAGUCGAUCUGUACUAGAAUUUAUUUAUUUAUUAUUUAUAAAAUAUUUUACCAGGAAAGAUACAUUGAUUCUCUGUGAAGAGCGUUUUAGCAAAUAAGAGCACCCAUCCCUUGGCACUCAUAUACAUAAAGACAAAUGAGACUCCUUUGAAGCACUAGACUAACUAAUGUGUUUCGGGGUUUUGGAGUGUUCUUUUUAACAUUCCAUUAUCUCACUUCAUAGGUUAUCUCGCUGCAUGUGCAAGUCUUUUUCAAUAUAGACUAUUGCAACCCCUUUUCAUGUGUUUAGCUGUUUCCCAUACCUAAUCUCUCCACUCAGCCAUUAGAAUUAUUUUCUAUUUCUCUAAAUUAGAGAUCUUUUCCCUGUCCCGCUAAAACAUUACCAAGGUUCCCUAUAUAAUAACAUAUUGCCUUUAAAAUCUUUCUCCUUAUCUCUCAAUAAGUGAUCCAUGUUCCAUAUGUGCAUAAGUAUUACUUUCCAUCUUGAUUUCUGACAUCCCUAGUUAGGAUAUCCAGGACAUGAACCAUCUGCCAUGUUAAUGUAAUUACCCAUUAAAAUAAUGCCUAAGUUCUGCACAAAUUGUUCUCCUACGGUGAUGUAAUCUUUGUUGCAUUGCAAUAGAUGUGCUAGGUACCCUACCAUUUGCUACAUUUUACAUGCCAAUUUAACAUAUUGAUCCAUCAUUCACUGAAAACAUGUGAACCUUUACAUUCUAUAACUGGUGUCAAAUCCUUUGGUAGCAUUCACAUCAUCAAAACAACUCGUGUUAAUCAAUAAAACCUACUGGUGAAGAUGUAUUGUGCCUAUUCCUCUUUUCAGAACUGCUUCAAGUCAUUAAAGGACCACUAUUGUGCCAGGAAAUCAUACUUGUUUUCCUGGCACUAUAGUGCCCUGAGGGUGCCCCCACCUUCAGGGUCCCCCUCCUGCCAGGCUGAAUGGAGAGGAAGGGGUUAAACUUACCUCUUUCUCCAGCGCCGGGCGGGGGAGUCUCCUCCUCCACGGCUGAAUGCACAUGCGUGGCAGGAGCCGCGCGUGCAUAGCAUUCACAAUGCUUUCCUAUGGACGCUGGCGUCUUCUCACUGUGAAAUUCACAGUGAGAAGCACGGAAGCCCUCUAACGGCUGUCAAUGAGACAACCACUAGAGGCUGGAUUAACCUUAUUAUAAACAUAGCAGUUUCUCUAAAAGGGUUAAACCUAGCUGGGCCUGGCACCCAGACCACUUCAUUAAGCUGAAGUGAUCUGGGUGCCUAUAUUGGUCCUUUUAAGGGUUAUUUACUGUUGCUAGUUAACAUUAAGCCUAUACUAACCCUCACAGUAGCGCUGCCAUAUCUCUACCAUUACCCUACACUAAACCUAACCUUAACUCAGUGGGAUUUCCUCUGCUGACAUCAGGAGAGGAAUUUCCCAGCUUAUACUGUACAGAGCACUCUGCAAUGUGUGAUUCCUGCUUGAGAUAGAGAUCUACGUCUCUUUCUGCAGCUCCUGUGUGCUGUCCCUGCUGAUGAUCAGUGUUGGGCAGCAGGCACAGCCCAGCACCGAUCACUGCCAUCAUGGAGCAUGCAAAGACACCCUGUUGCAUGGAAAUCCCCUGGGAUUUCAAGAUAACCACUGUGAUUUUAAGGGCUGUAUGCAGCACUGUCUUUGAGUACUGCAUACACCUUUAUAUGUCAGUCUGGGGGCACUAAAUAUGGCCCCAGCUAAAAGAGGGAAGUCCUAGGUAUCGAAUGAUACUUGGGCCUCCCCGGUGCAAAUACUGAUUUAAACCAAAACUCAGGGACCUCCCACGUUGUACUGCAUUUAAAGUCACUAUUUUCAGGAUGGAAUAACACAGGGGAAAGGGGUUAUGCACUAAAUCACUUUGUUUAUGCAGCGAAUGCCACACUUCACCUGCCUGUAACUCACAGACUUCCUACAUACUUCCUGAUAAAUUAUCUUUUACGGAGUAGUUCACUAAAGUUUGUAUUCCGAAUGCAAAAAUCUGGACAUUAACACUAUUUAACAAUGUCUUCAUUUUGCAGAGUAGUCUCUGAAUGAGCCAGAAUGUGGUCUGGACUGCAGACGAACCCAGUGCUGCCGGACAGCUAAAAUCUGGAUCCACAUUGUUAAAAUCCUGGCGCAAACAUUAGUGAUCUAAACUAUUUGGCAAACAGUUUAAAAGAAACCUUAGCAGUGGAGGGUUAACCAUGUGACAGCCAACACAUUUAAAAAAGUAAAAGAUAAAAAUAAGACUAUUGGGUGUCAGUAUGAACCAUGUGAUUACUAUAGGAGAUAUUUAAAACCUCCCUUAUCCCUCCACCAUGCCAGAAAAGCCCCAUCUGUAAAAUAAGAAGGCCCUGGUUGCCUCAGUGGCCUUACUCAUUGGCAUUGGGUGGAGGCUUUAAAUUAUAUAUAAAUAUGUGGCUAAACAGGUGGGGGGCUGUUAAAUUAAAUAUACGGAGGGCGGGUGGGCUGGGCAUUCAGAAGCAUCUGGGCUACAGCUAUAAUGAAGCUCAAGUCCUGCCAUUAAACAAGUACAACAACAAACUACUUUCACAUCAAAAAACAAAUACAAAGUAAUGCAUAUUUCUAGAUUUCAUGCACAAUAAGUAGUAUGGUGUGGCACUAUGGAAAUGGCAAAUUCCAGUUUAGCCUGGUAUACAGUGGCAUGAAAAACCACUACUUCGAAAUAGACAAUCUCUGACAAACAACUUCAAACUGGAUUUCAUGAGAAACCAGGAGACAACUAUACAGGAUUAAGGCUUGAUACUGAAACCUUGUGUGUUGUUUGUGUUCCUGUUUCUAAUAAUUCCAGUUUGAAGUGUCCAUCCUGUUUGAACGUGUGGAUUUUCUGUGUUAUAUUUAAAUGCCCUCUGUACUUAUGUGUACAUAUUAUACCCCAGUAUUUAUGUAACACUGAUAUUAAAUACAACUAUACACUACAGGGUCAACUUCUUAUUUUCUUGUAAUGUAUUACUAGUUCAUAUGUAAGGGAGUGGAGUAAAGUGAUAAAAUGACCCAAUACCAGUUGACUGAGUGACGUCAAAAUAAAGUGUAUUUAUAGAUGGGGAUGCAACACACUGCUGAUUUAUCAUCAGUGGGGAUUUAUAUACUGAAGUGUUCUAAUUUUGCUCUCGAGUCUGUUCAUUUUUAUUAAACUUUUUUCAGCAAAAGUGUUGUCUACUCUGCUUAAAUUCUGCCAUGUUAACAGAAUUAUCCAUUUCAGAAAAGGCUGUCCACAGUUGUGUUCUUACAAUAAGCUGCUGUUAUCAAACCUUACUAUAGGUUCCUUUAGGUAUUGGAAGGACAAGGCACACUUAGGCCAUAUUCCCACUCUCCAAUGGCUAGUGGCUUCCACAAACUGGAUCACUAAACACCAUAGAAAUUAAUGUUGAUUGCUCCAAUUUUAGAACUCUGCUUCAGACUUGUUUUGCAAUACACAAUUUACUCUAGGGUUGUAAGCAAAAAGCGGUUAUCACCUCAAACCCAUAGGCCUGACUGCCACCUGAUGAUUAUCUCCAGCUCGACGUCUGCUAUCAGAGUGAGGGAGAGAGCUAGGUUCUAGAACAGUGGUUCCCAACCCAGUCCUCAAGUGGCCCCUAACAGUCCAGAAUUUAUCGAUACCCUGUUGUGUCUAAGGUGUUUUUAGAAAGAAAAGGAAAAAACACCUCUUUAGACACAACAAGAUAAUCCAUAAAACCGGGAUGACUAGAGGGUACUUGAGGACUAGGUUGGCAACCCCUGCUCUAGAACAAGUCAAAAGUUUUUAAAGGACCAUCAAGGCUCCGUUGGCGCUGCUUACUAGUCUGCCUCCAGCAAUGUCAUGGAGGAAGCAUGGUCUGAUCCUUGAUGGUCCAAUCCAAUUUUCCUCAUAGAUAAGAAUUAGGGACCUAUUGCGCAUAGGCAGCGAGUGCCACUCACCCUCAAGCUUCCCUAUAGAUGUUUGACUUGGUCAGUGCAGCAGAUGUGCCUCUACUGGCUGUCUUUAUGACUACAGUGUUUUACAUUUUAGUUCAUUGAGGUGAAGUGGUCUGGGUGUAUAUUGUGUCCCUUUAAUAACUGCUUAUUAUUCCUUAUUAGCUAGAACUUUUUUCAUUCAAAAAAGAUAGCACAAAUCAAAAGGCCUACAUCCUGAAAAUGGGCUAUCCAAAAUAAUCGUGAAGGAGUUUCUCCUUACCACCUUCCUCAAAUGUUGUGCGUAAUAGGUUUGGAAACAGUCGGAUGUAUAGACAUUAUACAUAUAUUAAAUUUACUCUUAUUUUUGCAGUACAAACACACUGCAUUAAAAUAAAAUGCAUGUGUAAUUUAUUUAUAUUUCUGCAUGUAGCAUGAUUUCUGAAGGCAAAAUUAUAAUUUUCAGAUUUCUUAUCUGAAAAUAAUUUGAUAGGAAAAAUAAAAACACAAAAAGACUUGGCUAAACUAUAAAAUAACUGUCUUUUUGGCCUCCGCUGAGCAAAAAAAAUAAUAAAAUGUUCACAUUUGUCUAAUGAAAAUCAGUUCAUGUCAGUGGGGAACAUCUGUGCUUUAAUCAAGUACUAUAUUUUGGGGGCAGGUCAGAUCUCUCUCUUUGGUUUUUUUUUGUUUUUUAUUGAUGGCAAGCAGAAGAAAGAACCAGCACUAUACUAGCAAUAUCACGCACUGCUGCACCACCUGCCACUGCACUCUUCACACCUCCUGGACUAUUAUUGUCCAUGUUAUUUCCUAAGCUUUUAGCACACAAUCUUUUAUUCUCAUCCUCCCAUGUCAUUUCAUUCUCGUUUUCUUGAACUUUCAUAUCCAUGUAACAUAUACCUUUUCUAGCUCUGCUCUUGGGAUAUUGUCUCCCAUACACCCUUGAUCAGUGGUUAGACCAUCAUAGCCUAGGUUGUAUGGUAUUGAGCUAUAGUAUUUCUCCAUGUAAGCUGUAUGUAAGCCUGUUGAAGAAUGGUUCUCUCCCUAUACAUUCCAACUACAUGAUCCUUGAGAUAGCAAAUAUCUAUCUAUAACUUCCUACGUGCUUAGAUUGUGUCCCACUAAUCAUGUUCCAGUAGGUUCAUUGUACUAGUAAGAAAAAAAAAUGUGUAUAUAUAAUGUGUGUUAUCUCUCUACCUGCAGCUAAUUGAUAAAAUGACAACACAGCCAGAGCCAUCUGCGGACACUAGUGCCAGCAGUUCCACUCUGGAUCGAUGUCUGGAGGUUCUGCGAGGAGCUAAGAGUGACAGCGAACAGUUUGCAGCUCUGUUGCUGGUGAGCAAAGUCUUCUUAUUCAUACAUAUAGCAAUAAAACAAAUGGUGCAUGAACUCAGUAGUAUUACAUACAAUUGUAUGACCGCAAGCAAUAGGUAAACAGCUUUUUAGAUUGCAUUUUUGUUACACGCAUGCAGCAUAGAUGCCCGUGACCGUGUACAGAAAAACAGCCUGUAGAUUUACUAGUAAUUCUUCUACCAUAAUGUUUAAAUAAAAUGUAAUGCUCUUUAAAGUGAUACUAUGCAAGCUUUAGCACGGCAAGGGCAUUUUCUUUUGUUUGUUUGUAAAAGUUGGAGUGUUUUUUGCAUGCCAAACAUUUUGGUUCUUUACAAUUGAUACAACUGUUCCAGGUCACAGAACAGAGCACCAUACAAAAGUAGAUAAUCUGUGGCAGUCUGAAAACAGGAAGAAGAAAUGUUACACAUCUACCAUAUAGCGCACUAGUGGUUUCUGUAUGUGUUGGAAUGUCGAGGACAAUUAAAAUUGCUAAAUCUUUCUUUACAGGUUACAAAAUGUGCCAGAGCCGGGGAGUUGGAUGACAGCACAAGACAUAAAAUUUUUGAUGCAGUUGGCUUUACAUUUCCAAAUCGCCUCCUGUUUUCCACAUCUACCCCUGAUGGGUGUCCUGCACAUUUAUUCCGUAGUCUAGGAGUGACGCUACUGGCUUGCUUCUGCACUGACCCUACCCUUGCAGUGCACCCGCAGGUCCUCAACAAAAUUCCCAUCUUUAAUGAGAUUGUGCAUACCCCAUGUGCAGAAGGCAGCAAAGAUUAUCCUUCUAUGGUGGACGAUACUUAUCAGUGCCUAGUUGGUAUCUUGGCAUCUCCACAGGGAGCAAAGCACCUGAUUUUGGGUGACACUGUAUCCUCUCUAUGCCAGGCUUACUUAAAUCAUAAUCAUGGCUGGGAACAAGCAUUGCAAAUUCUCAUCUCGCUUCUUACUUUACUACCAGCAAAAUGUUGGAAAAAAAGUAGCACAGACCUUAAGCGUCUUUUAACAAAACUCACCUUGGAUUUUAGUGAAUUGGAAGAUGAACGGAAAUUCCAACUAGCUGAGAUUUUACCAACAUUUCUCCCACCUUCAUCUAUUGUGCUGGAAUCUUCAUGGGGUAAUGAUUGCUUGAAGUAUCUGUGUAAUGGUUUGUUUAAAAUCCUGAGCAGUAAAUUAAGCAUUGCACAACGUGACCCUGCUUUGAAGUUAGGUGCCUGCCUUGCUCAUACCUAUGGCUCCACUUGGAUCGUUGCAGAGAAGAGAGCUGAAAGGGCCAGGUUUUUGGCCCUGUUGGUAAACUUGGCCUGUGUGGAGAUGAGAAUGGCAUUGGAAGUUCCUGAGCCUCUGGAAUCCCGACAAGCCUUUGUCACAGCCUGUUAUUCUUUGGUUGAAAUGGGUAUCGAAGAAUGCACCAAAGAAGAACGUCCUCUGCUGAAAAGGGACCAGAAGCUGCAACUCAUUCAAGUCAUGCAAGAGGCCUGUGGUGCAGUCAUGUAUUACUUACAACAGGUAAACAGACUUCUCUGUUCUAAUUCACUGCAGAUCUUUCUUCAGCAAUGAAAACAGCAAUUCAUGAUGGGCAAAACAGACACUUGUGCAUAGGUAUUAGGAAAAUUCUGCUUAUUUUAUGCAAAAAAUUUUUUUAGAGGAAUAAGUGCAAUGGACAAUGACAUACAUUUUUGAGCCUGAGAUUUUAGCACACUUGUAUGCAAAUUUAGAUUGCACCUAAGGGCAUGAUCUAUACAUUAAAACUGCUUUAUUAAGCUAAAGUUGUUUUGGUGCUUAGAGUGUCGCCCUUUAAUAUGAUUGGAUCGUAAAUGCAAAGGUUUGAAUAUCCGCAUUACACAUUCACAAAUGAUGGGAAAUAGUCAUUUAUGACCAAUAUAUGUCCUACAUCGGCAAUCAUGCUAGCCUCAGCACUUAUUAUCUUGGGUGACAAUACAUUCAUUGUUGAUCGUAAUGUGUAGGUGCUUAUUCUCUGUCCCUGUUAUUAAUUCCUUACAUGAAACAUGUCUGUGUCUCUUUUUUUUUUUUAGAGAGGGUGGGAAAAGAUUGAGGAUCCUUUCACCCUUGCUUCAGUACGGUUAAUAGGUGCAUGGCUAGCCGAAGAAACUUCCUGCCUGAAAAAGGAAGUCAUCGGUCUUUUGCCCUUCCUCGUGCAUUAUAUGAGGACUUGGUACCAGCGUGGUGUGGCCUGCAGGGGUCUGUCAAAGGAAGUCUCUCAGAUGGCAUUACUGAGCAGCAAAUGGGGAGCUGUAUGGCCUGGAGAUGCAAUAAGGUACAACAUGAAAACCUUUUUACAAAUUUAUAAAUUUCAUAACUUUUUAUAUGUAUGCGUGUGUAUAUCUAUAUAUCUAGCAUGUUUGCAUAUUUUAACAACCAUAACCUUCACCAAGACAAAUUUGCAUAUUAAACAUUAUUGAAGGCUGUGAUGGGAUUUGCAUGAUCCCUAGAUUGUCAUUCAGUAAGAAAAGGUGUGUAUGCAAAAGUAUAUUUAAACAAUUAUUACAGAUAUUCCACAACUCCAAUAAACUGUACAAGUACAAAAAAAGUUUUUUUCCCUAUAAAAAUGAAUAUUCUGUGACUUGUUUGAAAUAUAUAACUAUGUAUAAAGACUGAUAAUCAGCACUCUGCAGUAGAAGAAAAUUGUGUAAACUGUGCUAUUGCUGCAAUUACAAGUCCCCUAUCAGACAAAUGAUCAAUUAAAAAAAAAAUAUAUGCUUGUCUCAGAGCACAGCAUACCAGAAAAACAAGUGCAAGCUCAAAUAAACACACAAAAGCAAGUCUUGCUGGUAGCAAAACAAAAAAUGUGCAAACAGUAGUAAAUAAUGUAGAAAUAUGAAAAUAUAGAAUACAUGGCUUAAAUUCCAUAACAUGUGAAUGAUCCCAAAUAAAAGAUAUGCAGGAUUAUUCAUUGAAGUGAGAAUUCAAAGUGAAUUUCCAAUGUACAGUCGAUAUAGCCGAACUGUAGUAAUUCUCUUAGGCAGCUAUGCUUUCAUUUAGGUUACAUUGGCCUUAAAUUAGAAACUUACCGUAUAUACCCAAAAAACUGGGAAAACGUAUUGACUCAAGUAUAAGUCUAGGGUGGGAAAUGCAGCAGCUACUGGUAAAUUUCUAAAUCAAAUUAGAUCCCCCAAAAAUUAUAUUAAUUGAAUAUUUAUUUGCUGUGUGUGUAUGAGUGCAAUGUGUGUGUAUGUGAUGCAGAGCCUUGGUGCCCCCCAUGGGGGGUGGCCAUUUUUAUGACUCGAGUAUAAGACGAGUGGGGGGUUUUCAGCACAAAAAAUGUGCCGAUAAACUCGUCUUAUACUCGAGUAUAUACGGUACCUCAACUUCACUUAAGAUUCUCCUGCAUUCUCACUUUACUAACGUUAGAUUCGAUCCGUGAUGUGCAUAUACAAUAAAGCACAAUUAGCAGAUUAUAGUGCUUUCUGUAUUGCAUAUCUACAUUUUUGUGUUACUAUUUGCUAUUUUAUUGGCUACCAGUAAGACUGCUUUUACGUGUUUGUCUGCGCAGCUUUGCUCCAAGACUAGCAAGUUGUUGUUUUUUUUUAAUGUUUUAUGAAAUCUCUUAUGAGCUUAAAAAGUAGGCAUUUCUGCUGUGUUAAAUUUGUUUCAGUGCUAUAGUUCUGUCCAGACUUUAUUUAAAACCAAAUCAUAUAUCAGUUUACCCAGAUUUAUAUGUCUGAAACGUUCUCUAACAAUCCCCAAUCUCUCCUCCUCUGUAGAUUCCUGCUCCCUGCUAUGUGCCACCUUAGUGCUGAGGAAGGUGCACGCAGGGUACUUCUUUCCGAAGGGGUCUCUGCUCUGCUCUGCGACUAUUACCUUCAACAGUGGGAUGUUUUUUCAUCGGAGGAUGCAGAGCCUGCUGAAACCAGGAGUGCGGCAGAACUGAGCCUCCAAAGCUGCUGUGGGGUGUUCCUCAAUCUCGUGGUAACAGAGCCAUCCAUUAUUGGGUAAGGGCGUGCAUAUCCUUUAAUUCCUGAACUUUGAACACUAGGGUAUAUUUGUUAACAGCUCUCCCUGUACCUUGCUGUAGCACAACCGAGCAGGCAGACAGUGGUGGAGGAGCUCCUGCUCACUGUACCCGGUCAUGUGCUCACUAUGUAUUUUUGUUCCUACAAAGUUGAGCUACAUAAAUUGUGUGCACAUGAAAUAAGCAAUCAAUAAUAAAGUUUCAAAACAAAUGUAUUCUUGGCAUACAAACUAAUAAUGUAAAAAAAUUUUGCCAACUUUUUUUUUUUUUUUGGACUCUCUUCCUUUAGACAGGAACCCUGUUUUGCUUCUUUGCUGACACAUCUCAUGAAGUCUCUUCCCAACCUGGAUUCUAAAGACGGUCAUAUGGUUCUUCUUGCCAACAUUGUUACACUUGGCCUAAUGAUGAGCCGAUUAUUAGCUGACGCACCAGGUGGGUAUAGUGAUUUAGUGUUCUUUGUAGAUUACCAUUGUCCUCUGCUUGCGGUGUCAGUGUUCACAGUUGAGCCAGGUAUGCAGCUGUCAUUUUAUAAAUAAAGAUAUUUUAAAUCUAGGGCAGGUUUUGUAGUGAACAUUGUUGACAUGGUAGAUUAUUUGAAAUGUUUAGUUGAUGAGAGCAUGAUACUGUUCAACUAUAACAUGUAAAUGGGAGGACAUCUAAUAUACAACCAAGUAAUGAAUUUUAUCAAAACAUGUUUUCUAAGAAGUCAUUAUAGAAUAAAAUGUAUCCUGUACUUUGUUUGCUGGCUGUGGUAGUUUUAAAUUAUGUUCACAGAAUAAUAUAACUAACAAUAGUAAAUAAUGGAAGUUUCAUCUAAAACGCUCAACCAGCGAAUGCUGACCAAAAUUGAUAUUGUUAAAGCAGAUUGGGAACUUCUGCUUUAGCGAUAUCACAGACUGCUAAAAAGACCACAAGCAUCUGAGGGACCCAGAUAAGUGUCAAACUAUUUGAAAACAACUUAACUGCUUGUUGUAGAUCGCAACAGGGGACUUCUGGCAUCUUAACCCCUACAGUGUGCUGUAGCAGCUAUGGUGUUUACAAUGCCCAUUUAAAUGGAAAUUAAAAAUUAUGGUGAAUUGGGGACUACAACUCUGUGUUCAGCAUAUAAACCCACUAAGAGUCUCAAGAAGUAUGGGUAACUGUGAGAGAAAUAAAUUAUAUUAAAAAAAAAAAAGCAGGUGAGAGUCUUCCACAUUUUACUUUUUAAAGUGAGAGUAUUUUUCCUUUUACCAAAAAAAAAUAAGUAAGACCCCUUUAACCUAUUAAAUGGCAUUUCAUGAAAUCUUAAUGCAGGCAGUAGGAGUAUUUUUAAAAUUAUUUUAUAUUUAUGAAAUACUCAAACGUGAGAGGCCUAUAAAUUCUCACAUGCAGUUGAGCCAAAUAAAUGGAAAGUUGAAUUUAUUAAGUCAAAACUGGACAAUAAUACGAAGUAACUGUUUGAUGUCAAUGUGUUAAAAUAACCGCCUCUAAUAAUUGCUCUACGUUUUGCACUGUGCUCCAGAUUUGCACCAGUUUUGACCUGUUAACAUGGGAAAUAGACACUAGCUAACCUGUAAAAUAUAUUGUCUGACCUAGGGUCAGAUGAACCAUUUGAUCUUAUUUCUAUAACCGUCUCUGUAUUAGACACACUUCAUUCAUUAUUCCUUGAUUAAUUAUUUCUCUUGAAUUUUGUUUUUACCUCUUAAAAGUUGCACAGAAAACAUAUCUAUUCAUACCCAUUAUAAAUUGACUCAUUACUUUUUAAUGACUGUACGAUGCCAUAAUAAUUUGAUAAUUAAAGGAACACUAUACUCACCUAAAUUACUUUAGCCAAAUAAAGCAGUUUUAGUGUAUAUAUCAUUCCCCUGCAAUUUCACUGCUCAAUUCACUGUCAUUUAGGAGUUAAAUCACUUUUUCUGUUUAUGCAGCCCUAGCCACAUCUCCCCUGGCUAUGAUUGACAGAGCCUGCAUGGAAAAAAAAAAACUGGUUUCACUUUCAGGUGUAAUUUACCUUAAAUAAUUGUAUCUCGAUCUCUAAAUUGAACUUUAAUCACAUACAGGAGGCUCUUGCAGGGUCUAGCAAGCUAAUAAAGCGGCACUGUCAUGCCGAAUUCUGUUUUGUUUUUUUUGUUGUUUUUUUUUUUUAACCCCUCUCCCGCCUCCACUACAUCCAAUUGACUCACUAGUCACCCCCAAAUGCCCCUAAGCCCCCAGCAUUACCUAUUUUUUAAUCCUUAUUUUCUGCCCCGAUCUAUAUUCAGGGCGCCGCCAUCUUUGUGUGGGUAGGUGAAGUCCCUAUGGGACACGUCAUCAGCCAACACUAGGCAGACUGUGAGAUUCCCGCACAUGCCCAGUGAAACACCUGGACAUGCGAACGGGAAUUUCAUCCAUUCAUUCAUUCAUCAGACAGACGAAUGAGUGAAUAGAAAUAUCAGCCGAACAAACAAACACAAUGUAUCAGUGUAUGUUUGUUCGUGCAGGUUAUUACAAGGAGGGAGCUACCAGCACGCAGCUCCCUCCUUGUAAUAUGUAAAGAUAGAAGCGACAGGGAGCAGUUCUCCCCACCACUUCCUAAGCCCCCCCAGGUCCCCCUCUCACUGUUUAGUGGACAUGACCCUACUCGCGGUAUAGCGAGUAGGGGCAUUUGGGAGAUUUUAAUCUCCCUUGUGCUGUUAUGGGGGUCAUAACAAAACAAAAAAAAACAGUGAGAAUGAGGGGGGGGGGCGGCGGCAGUACUCUCUUUUUUUGCGGUCGGGUUUUUUUUUAUUUACAAUUCGACGGUUAUGAUGGUUUUUUUUAUUUGACCUUUUUUGGGGAUAUUUUUUUUUUUUUUUUUUGGGUGGGGGUGGGUGACUGGGGCUUGGGGACCCCUAGUCACCUUGGAGGGGGGGGGUAAUUGACUUAGGGCCCCCCCCGCCGCCCAGGGGUUAGGGGGGCCGGUGGGGGGGGGCAGUAGGUCCCCACCUGCCGCCCAGGGGUGGGGGCCGGGGGGGGCAGUAGGUCAUUUGGUCUCCCCCCUUAUUUUACUUUAGGGCCCCCACCCGUCGUUUAGGGGUGGGGGCCAAUAGUUUUUUUGUUUUUACACUGUUUACCAGACAUGCCCCUACUCGCAGUAUAGCGAGUAGGGGCAUAAUUUACUAAUGCUAAGUAAUCUUUACUUCGUAUUAGUAAAGUUGGCUGAAAGACCAAUUUAGGUCUUUCAGCCUUUUAGUAGAUAACUCCCUGAUACCGUGGGAAUUAGGGAGUUAUCUACUAAGCGGCUGCAAGAUGCAGCCACAGCAAUCAAUAGGAUCGGAGUUUCAUUCAUUCGAAUGAAAUUCUGAUCCGAAUAAAGUGCCGAAUUGCGUUCUAAAAGAAACGAACAGACUGUUCUCAUUCAGUUAGAACGCAAUUCGGCAGUUUUGUGUAAAAUGACAGGAAGCAUUGUGGGAACACUGAGGAAAGCUAGGGAUCAUGGGAAAAUUGCUCUGACCAGCUGAAAUGAAGCACACUUUGCUCCUCCGCUGGUCAGAGCUGGUCAAGCGGAGGAAUCCUCCAUAAGGCAAAGAGUCCCUACUUUGUCUUAUGAUUUUAAAGAAAACUAAAGAAGACAGGAAGAAAAGAAUAACAUAUCCUGAGAGAGGGGGAGAAGAGGAAGUGAUUGAGGAAAGGUAAGUUCGGCAUGACAGUGCCGCUUUAACAUAGCAGGGGAUAAGAAAAUCUUAAUUAAACAGAACUUGCAAUAAAGAAAGCCUAAAUAGGGCUCUCUUUACAGGAAGUGUUUAUGGAAGGCUGUGCAAGUCACAUGCAGGGAGGUGUGACUAGAGUUCAUAAACAAAGGCAUUUAACUCCUAAAUGGCAGAGGAUUGAGCAGUGAGGCUGCGGGGGCAUGUUCUAUACACCAAAACUGCUUCAUUAAGCUAAAGUUGUUCAGGUGACUAUAGUGUCCAUUUAAGGACAACACUACUAGGUGAAAUGGUUUGCUUAUGUUAGGACAACCAAGCUCUGUAGAGCUGUCAAAUACAAUUCUACAUUAUAUUUAAUAUAUAUAUAAUUUUUUUGUUUGCUUUUUGUAUUUUAGUGAUGCAGGAAAAUUUCUCCAGGGACUUCUUUUCAGCUGUGAUUCGCUUCUUAAGACAUUCUCACAUGGCUUCAAGUAAUUCAGACUCUAACAAGCCAAGUAUUUCAUUGUCUGAGCGUUAUGCAGAUGCAUGGGAGGAGAUUUCUGAACUAUGGUUCCUUGGUGUACAAGCUUUUUCAAGUUGUGUUUCUCUGCUGCCAUGGUUGUCCACAUUGGUCCUUGAAUCUGGCUGGCUCCAGGAUUUGCUAUGCCUCCUUGAUCAGGUUUCUCCUGCAUCUGUCGGCUCCGAUAUGGUAACUGUGCUUCAGGCUCUUCUCACCGAGUUAACCCAGAACAGCAAACCCUGCAGAGAGCUGAUCCUACAACGGGGAGGUCUAGAGAAAGCCAAUUUAUAUGGAAUGGCUGCUCUGGAACAGUGUCUUGCUGAACUGUAUUUAACAAAAGAUCCAGUGUGAGAGUCUCCAUAUAAAGUUGAACUAUGUAAACUAAAAUAUGUCAGAGGAUGAGCUUUAAAACAAAAUUUUGAUGCAUUCAUGCAUUUAUUUCUUGAAUAAAAUGCAUUAUGAUUGCAUCUACUUCGGUUUUUACUAGUUUUGUUUAUAAUAAUUUAAUAGAUCUGGGUGUAUCCAUAAUUUGGAAAACGUGUCUAUUAAUACUGUAGAGUACUUCAUCAAGUUAAACCAUAUCGCACCGCUCUGUUUUUGCUCUAGAUGAAAAAGGAUAAUUAAGUUUGCAGAACAUUUAAAAGGGAACAUUGUUACACUUUUUUUAAAAAGGAACAUUCUGAGCACCAUAAGCACUACACCUCACUGUAGGGGUUAUGCUGACAGGAGUGCCUUAGCGCUCCCCAAUUGUAAAUAGUCAGAUUGUUUUUGAACAGUUUGGUUUCUUACCUGUGUUCCUCCAGGCUCCGCUCCCUGCCUCUACUGCAAACUCGCGAGAGCUAAUCUGCCGUUAGAACCCGUGAGCUAAGGUCUGCAAUGCAGGAUGCGGCUCAUUGGCUAAGUAUCAGCUUAUUGGCUGAGAGUGUCAGCUCAUCAGGGCACUCAUGGUAAGCUAUAGCGGUUAUGGCAGUUGGAUUGUUCCCUUAAUAAUUUCCGUAUUGAGUAUUUUAACCCUAUUUAUUAUGUUUUAUUCACUCCUAGGGUGAAUUUACACUCCCCAAUGGCUGGUAUCUAUAUACCCUUUGAACUUUUAUAGACUGUUUGCAUGCACAGUCCCCUAAUUUGUCCUUGACGCUAUGUAGCAACUUAACACCCUGCUCAGGUGGUAUUACUAGUGAUAAAUGUACUGAAUGCAUCCUAUUGAACAAACAUUUCAUUAUAUAUUUUUUGCUGUUAUAUUUUCUCUUUACAUUAUGAAAAUUGCUUUAGAUCAAAUAAGCAAUGAAGGGUUCCUCCCAAAUAAGUGGUUACGUUCAGGAUCUUUACAAAGAUAAGUGUUCCCGGUCAGUUUGAGUUUUUUCAGUUACACAAUGUUUCUUAUUGUUCUGCACUAUUCUAUAAUUGUUCUGUUAUUGUUAUAUUGUUUGGUUACUUCAUUAACUCAAUAUACUAUUGCCAACUGUC